CCGUAGUUACAGCGGCAGCGUUGGCCGGUAGGUGGGCACUUAAGGCUGCUCAAAGUUCUAAACCGUUAGCUUCAAAAACGGUAUUUAGUAAUUCGGCGUCCAAGAAGCGGCCAAUAGGGGGGUUUGAACGUAAGAUUACUAGACAGGAAGCAAUACAGAUCCUAGGCUUACGGUACUUUCGAAAAAAUUAUUUAAGGAAAUAUUUUGAAAGUAUAAAAAUAUAUAUAUUAACUUUACGUGGUAUUAUUAUUGAUAGAGAGUCUGGUGUUAAUAGAGCUAAAAUUAAAGAAGCACAUCGCCGAAUUAUGCUUCUUAACCAUCCCGAUCGUGGAGGUUCCCCUUACUUGGCAAGUAAAAUUAAUGAAGCCAAAGAUUUCCUCGAAAAAUCUGUACGAUCAUAG